GUUAGUUGGUAAAAUUACAAGCAUGCGAUGUGUGUGUACAAUCUAUGUCCGAAUAGAAAAUAAUCGAAAAAUGCUUAAUACUUAGCUAAUCCAACUGAGAUUAGAAAGAAUAAUUAAAGGGAAAAAUGGAUUACGAUAAUUUAAAAAUAAUAGCUCUUCAUAAACACCCUGAAUUUUUAGAGGCAUGUUGUGAAAUGAUAAACGAUGAAUGGCCAAGAAGCAGAACUGCUAGAAUGAUGUCUUUAACCGCAUCUUGCGAUGAACUGCCGACUAGUUUGAUAUUAAUUGAUGAUCAAUUUCAUUUAUUGGGUCACGCCAAGUUGACUAGUUUGCCGAGUGUUCCUGACAGUUGUUUUAUAGAAACUGUUGUAAUAAAAAAAGAUAUGCGGGGAAAGAGACUUGGUUCCUUUCUAAUGAGGCAAGUUGAGCAGUAUUGUAAAAGCGUGCUGAACUUAAAAAUGCUACAUUUAUCUACGAAAGGUCAAGAAGAUUUUUACGCUAAAUUAGGAUAUACAGUAUGUGCUCCAGUCUCAAUUUACGGCACUGUCGUACGUACAAAGGUGGAAUCGUCUAAAAGGGCUGAAAAACAAAAAUCACCUAAAAGCGAUAACGCAGCUCCCCCACCGCCACCGAUGCCUAUACCCCAGAAUGUAUCUGAAACUGCGAUAAAAUCCAGUAAAACGUAUAUGUUCAAGCAUUUAUAAGCUCUAAUUUAAAAGAAAUGCAUUUAUAAUAGCGAUAUAAGUCUCGACGUUCUUUUUAACGUUUACAGCAACCAUGUUUAUUUAUUAUAAUUCCGUAUUACCGCUCGCGUUGUGAAAGGAGAGUAAGGCUACCAGGGUUAUACCUGCAGUUUCCGUACCCUUGGCAUUUCCGAACAAAAGUUGCACUGUCCUUUCUCAGGCCUUAAACUAUAUCUGUAACAAAUUAUAUUCUAAUCGGAACAGCGAUUUAGGUUUAAAGAAGAGACAAACAGUGUUACUUUCGCAUUUAUAAUAUUAGUAGGGAUGUAAGGCUAGAUGAAAACCAAUGUUUUGCCUCAUUAUGCUUAUUCUUAUUUCAAAUACGCUUAUAUAAAUAAUAUUCACUUUUGUAAUAACUUUACUGAUUUGAUGAUUGUUAAAAUUAUAUUUUGUCAUAA